AUGGCCAAACCUCCACUUCGGCCUCCAAAGGGCCGACGUGGAGGAUCGAAACCGAAAACCAUGUUGACUUGGGCCAUUUUCCUCCUCCUCAUAGCUGCAGCUCAUCCUCAGUCCCUCCCUCCGUCCGAUGCCCCUCCGAGACUGGUGGCCUCGACGCAGAGCCUGCGCUCAGAGUCGAGUCGACCGUCCGCUCCGGCUGGCCGCAGUCCAGCAGAGAUUCCGCUGCUCAAAAACGACAUCACCACUGUCAAAUUUCGAAGCACCGAUGAAAACCCCGAAACACACAAGCUCCGUGCCUUGGCUCCAGCCCACGACUCCUUGAGUGGUGGUGCUGUCAGAGCACCUCUUGCACAGUCUGACGAGUCCCUGUCCCAGGGACUCUCUGCGCUUUCAGCGCGGCUGCUGCAAGAUUGGGAGGUGGAGAAUAUUGUCCUACUAGCCACCAUUGAUGGCACCAUACAUGCCCGUGACAGGAAGACCGGCAAUGAGAGGUGGUCUCUGGGUAUCCCGGACAGUCCCAUGAUCCAGACCAUCCACCACAAGUUGAAUCGGAGUGACGCCGAGGUGGACGGCUCUCAAUACGAGGACGACUACAUGUUCAUCGUCGAGCCUAGUAAAGAUGGCAACCUCUACAUUCAACAUCGAGACCCCAGAAUAGGUCUACAACGACUGGGCAUCACCGUCAGAUCCCUUGCAGCAGAAACGCCGCAGUUUGUUGACGAUCCACCACUUGUGACUAUCUCCUCUCAGGAGACAACCGCAUACGUUGUAGAUGCAGCCACUGGCCAUAUCCUACAACAAUUUGACAAAUACCGGGGCUUCUCCAAUGACGACCAAGGCCGCAGCUGCCGGCGACUCAGUGGUUUUGAACUAGAUGACCCUGCGUGCGAUCCGAUUGGAACUAUCAAUUUGGGAAGAGUCGAGUACACCAUCGAAAUAUCUCAUAAGAUCACAACUCAGCCACUUUGCACGAUCAAGUUCGCUGAAUGGGUUCCCAACAAGGGGGACAGCGAUCUCCAAGACCAAUAUGUCGCUCCCUUGGACAACUACCAGAUUCAGAGCUAUUACAAUGGCCGAAUCAUUGGUAUCGACAGCACCGCCGACUCUGGCAAGGUUCCGAGAUUCACCCACAUGUUCGACACUCCGGUAGCCCGAGUAUUUGAUGUCGUUCGGCCCCUAGAUAAUCGAGAUGAAUCUGCCAAGCUAGUUUUACUAGCACGACCCACAGACUCUCCUCUUCUUUCUUCUCCGGAGAUUUGGAGGAACGAAAUGCAGCGAGCUGAGAGGGUAUUCGUUAACAAAACCGAGUCCGGGAUGUGGUAUGCCAUGUCCGAGUUGUCAUAUCCAGGCGUAACCAGCGGUGCAUCGCCUGCAAGCUCAAACUGGAACUAUGACAGUCAGCCUUUGGACUUUGACGGCAACCUGGAAGAAAUCGUCGGUGUUCACAUGCUUUCCCCGGAACAGAACCUCACUCCCCUCAGGUUGACGAUUUCCGGCCCUCCCCCAGUGACGGAUUUGGCUGAGGAAGCAGAGAAGGCAAUGGCAGCACUGGAGGCCAAGCUUCCCCCGUCUUUGGUACCUGUGAUCAACCAUCCCUUGCUUUCCGUCUUCAACAUCAUCUGCGCCAGCAUCAUCUUAUUUGUGGUUGGUUUGCAGAUGAGGAUACCAAUCAUGUUGAAGAUGCAAAGCUUCCUUCGAAAGGCCGGCGUAGAGGUCGCUGUGGAGAAAACUCGGGUUCCAGCGACCUCAACUCCUGCUCCUGCUUCAGAUACCACGGACAAGCCAGAAGACCUUGUAGCUGAGGUUACCGGGGACAAGGACGCCGCUGAAGUUGUCUCUGAAAUACUGGAGGAUGUAAUCAAAACUCCUACCAGGAGCCGGGCUCAAAGUGCAGCCGUCUCCGUUGCCAGCCCUGCAAAAAACGUCAAAAUGUUUGAGCCGUAUGAUGAAAGUUCAGAAGGCGAGUCAGAAGACGAGAAGAACAAGGAAGAGUCCAACCCUAACGAAAACGCCGAGAAUGGUGCACAGCCUCGCCGUCGACAUGCCAAAAGAGGAAAGCGAGGUGGCAAAAGGAACAAAAAGGGCAAGAAGACAAUGGACCCGGAGGUCAUGGAUGAGAAAGAACAACUCGUUGCUGAAGUUCCCACAAAGGACGGCCUUCUUCAGGUUGGCAAGCUCAGAAUCGACACCAGGGAAGAUCGAUGCCUGGGCCGUGGAAGCAACGGUACAGCAGUGUUUCCUGGCUCACUGGACGGCAGAGAAGUCGCAGUCAAGCGUUUGAUUCGUUCCUCGAAUAGCCUGGCUGCCAAAGAGAUCAAGCAUCUGCUGUCUAGCGACGAGAACCCGCACGUCAUCCGGUACUUUGGAAAGGAAGAGUCACAGCACUUCACCUACAUUGCGCUCGAACGCUUUACUACCUCUUUGGAUCAGUUCAUUGAGCGUCCCCUUCAAUACCCCGAUUUGGUGAAGCUGCCUGAAGGGUUUGAUGUCAAGGACACCCUACGCCAAAUCACGGACGGUGUCCAGCACCUGCAUUCACUCAAGUUGGUACAUCGAGACAUCAAGCCUCAGAAUGUCCUGGUGAAGGCUGUUAAAAGCAAUCGUCCUAGCAAUGGAAUGCCGAAACUACAGUUUGUCAUUUCCGAUUUUGGCUUAUGCAAACCUCUCGAGGAAGGCCCAGAAUCAACCUUCGCUCCAACUGCGAAUCAUACAGCCGCGGGCACUACAGGCUGGAGAGCGCCAGAGUUGCUGGUCGGGUCCAGGUCGGCUGUUGCGCCGAAUUCUAGCUCGACCACCACUUCCAAGUCUACCACUCAUUCGAGCGAAGGCACUGUCAUUGACCGUCCAUCAGGCCGUCGUGCAACCAAGGCGAUAGAUAUCUUCUCCUUAGGGUGUGUCUUCUACUACGUCAUGACCCAGGGUCGUCAUCCCUUUGAUGUUGGAGGUACCAGCCUCGGUCGAGACCUGAACAUCAAAGAGAACAAGUUCAGCACAGAAGACUUACGCCUGUAUGAGUACCAAUUCGAUGCGGACGACCUUGUUAUGCAAAUGCUCAAACAUGAACCCAAGGAGCGGCCUGACACGGGACAAAUACUUCGUCAUCCCUACUUCUGGGACGUGGCCGAUAAGCUGGAGUUCCUCUGCGACGUGUCGGAUUGCUACGAGCGGGAGAAGAAUUCAAUUACCAACAUCUUCGACGAGAACGCGAUCCGCACACCCGCGGAGAAGCAAGCUCUUGCCGAACUCGCCGCUCUGGAGUCUCUUGCGCCCAACGUCAUCGGCCCUUCCAAGGACUGGCUUCGUGCUCUUCCCAAAACCUUCCUCACGGAAAUGGGCAAACAGCGCAAAUAUAGUGGUAACAAAAUGAUUGACCUGUUGAGGGUGAUCCGCAACAAGAAGAACCACUUCCACGAUUUGCCGCAGGACGUGAAGGAGCAGAUGCUGGGCGGCAGUGCGAAGGGAUACUACGAGUUCUGGGCAAAGAGGUUCCCGAGCCUGUUGAUUAAUUGCCACUGUCUGAUUUUGGAGCGCGGGUUGGUGGAGCGGUUCAGGAUGGAGAGAUGGUUCGUCGAGUAG